ACUCACCGCAACAAGAAACAUUACCUCCCCCUCCAGGGUCUCCAGACUGCUUUACUUUCUUUCUAUUCCUCUCUCAUCUCUCGUGCGAGAAGAGCUUCGCUAUCUUACGCAAGUUUUGUUUUUUUCAUCAAAUUCUCGUGCUUUCAAAUUAUUUCUAAACUCUCUGUCCGUUCCAAGUAGUCGAAGAAGAGACGCACCAAAAGCGCUGUCUUUUAUACUGUCUGUGGCCAUGCAGUAGCAGUUAGCUACAGGAGGAGUAGCAAAGGCAAUGCGGUUACUUAUCCAACCCAAAUCUAUCGACGGUGACCGUGCCGGUGCGCGUCCAUCUCCCUCUGUCUUUCUCUUUCUCUCUCUCUCCCCCUCUCUCUGCUACACCUCUACUAGCCGACGAUAGACUCCGCGCUGGCAAAGAUUCCCCUCUGUCCCCCUUUUCUCUUUCCUUCUCUAAUCUCUCUGCCUUAUCUCUCUCCACUCUCUCCACUCUCUCCCCAAAAAACCCUAACUUUCUAGAAUUUUAAUUUCUUCUUCGUUCCCAGCCGGGAGGGAGAUGGGCUGCGCAAGCUCAAAGGCGGACGACCUGGAGGCCGUCAAACUCUGUAGCGAGCGCUGUGAUUUCCUGCAAGAGGCAAUCCGGCAGCGUUACGCGUUUGCCGAUGCGCAUGUCGCCUACAUCCAUUCUCUCAAAGGGAUUGGCCUCUCCUUGCAGCGGGUCUUCGAUCAAGACACCGACAAGUCGACUUCUUCACCUGUGCUUCCUCUUCCGACUCAAAGAAAAGGUGAUCCCAUCACCUUUGCUGCAGAGCCUUCCAGCGUCCCACAUCCCGCAGCUGCCAUAGCUCGUGAUUCCAACUCCAAUUCAGGCUCUCAUAUUGAAUUUCAUUCCGAUUCUGAAGAUGAAGACCAUGAUGACGACGACGAUUCCUUCGGGUCUCUCCACCAUUCUGGCCAUGCGUCUCCUUUGCAUCAUCAUCAUCAUCAUCCCCCUCAGGACUUCCACCCGAAUUAUCAGCUCGAUCAGGCACCCGUGGCUUCGUUUCCAGGUGGUUUCAUGAACAUGAAUUAUAUGAGGAAUCGUCCCACGCCCUCCGUGUCUUACGAGCAGCGGCCGAUGAGUCCAGACGUCGUACGUGUUGACGCGUCUUCUUCUUCUUACUAUCCUUACUCCUACCUUAACCAUGAACCCGCUCCUGACCCUUUCAAUUCUUACUCUAACUAUGGCGGUUUCUUCGGUUCGCCGCCCGUCACUUACGGUAGUUCUUCCUCUACUCCGCUGCACAAGGCUGCACCACCGUCAUCCUCAUCGUCUUCCAAACCCCCUCCGGCACCGCCGCCACCGCCGAGUGAUUCGGCCUGGGAUUUCUUCAACCCUUUCGACACUUUAGAUAGGUAUAACCCUCCUCCUUACACUCCCAGCCGCAACUCCAAUGAAGUGAGGGAGGAAGAAGGGAUCCCUGAUUUGGAGGACGAGGAACAUAAGCACGAAGAUGUCAAGGAAGUCCAUUUCGACCAGAAGUUUGUUGGUGAUAGUGGAACUGAGAAUUACUCUAAGAAGGUGGCAGACGAUGAGGAUGAGCGCGGAAAUGAUGAUGCGGAAGCAGCACUUUACCAAACGAGGCCCAGUGUCUCUGUGGAGGGGGUAGAAUAUGAUGAUGUUCAUAUGGUCGACAAGAAUGUGAUUGCUAAUGAAGAGCGCUCUAAGGAUCAGGGCAAUGUCGCUGCAUUUAAGGCUCGGGUUCGCUUGGGCGGUGCGUCAGAGGUUGUGGCGGAAAUCAAGAUUCAGUUUGAGAGAGCUGCAGAGUCCGGCAGUGAGGUUUCCAGGAUUCUUGAGGCUGGAAAGCUACCUUAUCGCAAGAAAAAAGGUGUUUAUCAAGUUUCCUCGAAGAUGUUGCAUGUGAUUACACCUUCCACUUCUAAAAGUUCUGAGGCAUCAUCCUCCAUCGAGAAGAGUGGUUCUGCUUACUUGGACUUUGAUGAGGAUGCGGGGACGAGAUCUGCAAAUCUAUCUUCUACUUUGCAAAAGCUUUACAUUUGGGAAAAGAAACUCUAUGAUGAAGUUAAGGCUGAGGAAAAGAUGCGGGUAUUUCAUGACCAAAAGUGGAAGCGACUGCUGAGAUUGGACAGGAAGGGUGCUGAGGCUCACAAAGUUGAGUCUACACAAACUCUAGUCAGGGAUUUAUCUGCCAAAAUAAGGAUUGCAAUUCAAGUUGUUGACAAGAUAUCGGUUAAAAUAACUAAGUUGAGGGAUGAAGAAUUGUGGCCUCAGCUUAAUGAAUUAAUUCAUGGGUUAGUUAGAAUGUGGAAAGUUAUGCUUGAAUGCCAUCAGAAUCAGUGCCAAGCUAUUACAGAAGCUAAAAACUUAGAUGCCAUUAUAACUAGCAGAAAGUUCGGUGCUGCUCUUCUUGAAGCCGCAAUGCAGCUUGAACAUGAAGUCCUUAAUUGGAUUUCUAAUUUCUCCAGUUGGAUUGGCGCCCAGAAGGGCUAUAUUACAGCCUUGAACAGAUGGCUUUUGAAAUGUAUUUUUGAUGAACCAGAAGAAACACCAGAUGGAAAACCUCCCUUCUCUCCCGGUAGAAUGGGUGCACCCACUGUCUUUGUGAUUUGUCACCAGUGGUCACAAGCCAUGGAGAGAAUCUCAGAGAAGGAGGUAGUUGAUGCGAUGCUGGCUUUUGCAGUGGGCUUGCGGCAAAAUAUAGAUUUGUUGCAGACGUUGACAACUGGAGAUGUAGAGAGAAAAGUAAAGGGCUUGGAGGGGGAAGAACAAAAGAUGCAGAAGGCGAUUCAGGCCCUAGAUAAGAAAAUAGUUAUGGUUUCUGGGAAGGGCACUGGUGUGCUUGUGUCUGAGCAGCUUGCUCGUCAGAGUGACAUGAGAAAUAUUAGUAGUUUGCAGUCUGGUCUGAAACAGAUCUUUGAUGCCGUAGAGAGGUUCACAGCCAACUCUAUGCAAGCCUAUGAGGAGCUUUGUGUACGUAUUGAAGAAGAAGAUAGACUUGCACGAGAAAAUGCUAAGGUUCCAUAGAAAUUACUUGUGUGAGUUGCCAUCCCUCUGCAAUGAUAUCUAAUUCCCUGGUCCCUUGAUUGAUCCUUCCUGAAAAAUAUCGGAAGUCUCUACAGAUUUUGAAAAGGCUGGAGCAGGCUUCUGAUUUACCAUUAAUAUUGAUGGGAGUCCUUUCACAAUGCCUUUAUCCUUGUUCAGUUCUACUAAUCUGAGGCAGUGGCUGUUUUACUCACUGGCAUUUCAGGUUGUUUUGGGUUUGUGGUAAAGAGACGAUGGAGUAGCCAUUAUCGCCCAAACUUGAAAUUCAUUUUGUGAUGAAAGAUCUUACUGCAGUGAAGGUUAUAUAAAAAGAAUCAGAAAUAUAUUGGCUUGAAAUAUAUGGUAGUUGCUGGUCCCUGGCAUGUUUGAGUUGCUGGUGAUCACCGAACUUACCUGCUGUUUUGAUGCCAAUGAUACUAUUUGCAGUGGAGGUUGCUACACAACUCAGUUGACAGGGAGAGAGAUGACACUAUCGACUUUCCUCAUUGGAAGAUAUUGAUGGGUUGCAUUUCAGUUGGUGAAAUGGCAACAAAUCUUGCAGCCUCAGCAUUUCCCUCGAUCUCUUAUUGAGCAGGGCUCUACGCUAAUGGCAUAGUUGAGACAUCGAGCUAAAGCUUGUGCUAUGGUAUUGCCACUCUGAUCAAUGUAUGGAUAGAAUAGAAUGCUCCCUCCAAGUGGGCUUUUGGCUUCUAUUGUCAUAAAACUAGCUUAGGGUUUCAUGCUCCGGGGCAGUUAAGUCUGACCCAACUCAAUGGGUGUGCCCUUCCUGAUGGAAAAUUUUGUAUCAUAGUUAUAUCUUGUGAGCUCGCUUAAUUUAUAACUGUACAGUAAAUUAUAACAGAGGAGAUCUGUUAGUAACGAAGUGAUUGCACUAUUUACAUGUUA